AUAAUUUUGAGCCACUCUUACAUUUUGACGUCAUGUCCCGGACAAAUGUACCGCCUCUUGUAUGUCCUACUCAACAUUAGUGCAGUUGUUUACUGUCAUUUCACAAAAGUCAAAACCGUCAUAUUGUCAAAAGAAUCAAACAAUUCUUGCCCACGUUGUUCUGAUGUUUUGAUUAAAUAAGAUUUACUUUAUAAAUUAUAAAUUGACUAAAUAAAAAAAGGACUACAAAUUGCAACCAUGGCGAAAAAGGGCAAAGCGAAGAUCAGUAAAGUAAAAAGAAACAAUCAGACCACGAAUAAAAUGAGAAAACAGGGUAAACUGCGUCUUCAAAGGCAUAGAACUAAAGUUCAAAAGCAGAACCAGCCAGCGCGGCCUCAGGUGGAGUACAGCAGUGAAAGCGAAUCCGCGUCGGGCGAUGAAUGGGCCGACAUGCUCGACGAAGAGGAGCAGCAGUACAUAAUGAGCAGGCUGUCCAAACAGCCACAGCUGCUGUCCAACGUCCCGGAGAAUGAAGAGAAACAAAAGUCAGGAAAACGUAAAAAGCCAGUCAAAGAGAAAAUGCCAAAACCAAAACGAGCCGAAACAGGCAGUGACAGUGGAGCUGAGAGUGACUCUGGGAGUGAGGUAGAGGAGAAGUAUGAGAAGGAAAUGGCAGAUAGACCGGUGAAGAAAAUGAGGGCUUUACUCCCGAUCAAGACUAAAGAUGGAGUUAUGGAGAGGGCUGAGGAGGUUGAAGAGUCUGAAUCAGAAGAUGAAACACCACCAGCAAAAAAGAAAAAACAACUAGAAGAAACUGAGGAUGCGGACUCUGAGUCAGAUUCUGGCAUGGAAGGUACUGCAGAAGAGGAAACCCCAGAGGAAGGUGAAAAGGGAGUGGUGAGCGCAGUGGAACUACUAGCUGCUAGGAGAGAUCGGCUGAAUCAUGAUAAGCUAAGGAUAGGGGCACUGUGCUCUUCUCUGCUUGAAAGCCCUGAAAAGAAGUUAAAAAACCUCUUCCCAAUACUGUACCUGAUGGAGGAGAGGUUGAAAGAUGGUACUCUGAAUCUGCACUCCAUUCGAAAACUGGCGACCGUUUCCGCUUACGAAGUUUUCAAGGAUAUAUUGCCCGAGUACCUCAUUAGACAUCAAGACUAUUCUAAUAUUAAAUUGAAAAAAGACACUCUCGCGUUAUACAAAUACGAAAAGGAACUUUUGGAAUUCUAUAAAAGAUAUCUACAAAGAUUGGAAAAGAUUGCCGGUAUGCUGCGACAAAAAAAAGGCGAUACAAGAAAACCUGACGAAGCGACAAUAUCUCUAGCGCUGAUAUCGCUGCAAUGCAUGUGCGGGCUGUUGGUCGCGCGGCCGCAGUUCAACUACGCCACGAACAUCGCGCAGAGCGUCGUGCCGUACCUCGACUGCAGGGACGAACGCGCAAGGCAGAUCGUCACCGAGAGCUGCGUGGCUGUGUUCGCGGAUGAUAAGAAAGGAGAUAUCACGUUGACUAUAGUGCGCCUGAUAAACCAAUUAGUAAAGAAGCGAGGUGACCGCCUCCAUCCUACGGCAUUGGACUGUCUGUUAUCACUGAAGAUACGAGACAUCGACAUGGAUGAGGAAGCAGAUAUCAAAUUAAAGAAGAAACAAGAAGAGAAACAUAAAAAGAGGAUCGUUAAUUUAUCCAAGAAAGAGAAAAAGCGAGCCAAAAAACUGAAGGAAGUAGAGAGAGAACUAAUGGAAACAGAAGCGCAAGAGAGUGAGAUGGCGCGGAAGAAACAACUCACUGAAGUGACCAAGACAGUGUUCCACAUAUAUUUCAGGCUGUUGAAGAACGCUCCCAGAUCUAAGUUGCUUGCCGCUGCCCUUAAUGGAUUAGCCAAAUUCACGCACGUAAUAAACCUAGAGUACUAUUCAGACCUGGUGGGUAUUUUGGCUCACCUGCUGUCGGACGCGGAGGUGGGCGGCGCGGAGCGGCUGCUGUGCGUGCGCACGGUGCUGGCCGUGCUGGCGGGCUGCGGCGACGCGCUCGCCGUCGACCCCGCCACCUUCCACCACUACCUCUACCGGCACAUGCUGGACGCGCAUGCAGGUAAAACCCACGAGCAGGCGAAGAUAAUAGUGGAAUGUGCGUGGCAGAUAAGCGCCCGCGCACGCGCCGUGUCGGCGGCGGUGUGCGCGGCGCUGGCCAAGCGCGCCGCCACGCUCGCCGCGCAGCUCGCGCACCACGCCGCGCUCGCCUGUCUGCACAUACUGCACCACCUCGCGCAGGUACUCACAUGUCCUACACCCAAGCGCGCCGCCACGCUCGCCGCGCAGCUCGCGCACCACGCCGCGCUCGCCUGUCUGCACAUACUGCACCACCUCGCGCAGGUACUCACAUGUCCUACACCCAAGCGCGCCGCCACGCUCGCCGCGCAGCUCGCGCACCACGCCGCGCUCGCCUGUCUGCACAUACUGCACCACCUCGCGCAGGUACUCACAUGUCCUACACCCAAGCGCGCCGCCACGCUCGCCGCGCAGCUCGCGCACCACGCCGCGCUCGCCUGUCUGCACAUACUGCACCACCUCGCGCAGGUACUCACAUGUCCUACACCCAAGCGCGCCGCCACGCUCGCCGCGCAGCUCGCGCACCACGCCGCGCUCGCCUGUCUGCACAUACUGCACCACCUCGCGCAGGUACUCACAUGUCCUACACCCAAGCGCGCCGCCACGCUCGCCGCGCAGCUCGCGCACCACGCCGCGCUCGCCUGUCUGCACAUACUGCACCACCUCGCGCAGGUACUCACAUGUCCUACACCCAAGCGCGCGCCGCCACGCUCGCCGCGCAGCUCGCGCACCACGCCGCGCUCG